UAGGAAUGAGGUCAAGUACUGAUGAAUGGCCAGCAGAAGGCGCAGGUGCACAUAGUCCUACUGAUCCCAUCCACCUGCCUGUUUUCUGCAAAUGGAAGUAGAAAGUAAGUCAGUUGGGUGAUGUGAUGACUUUUGCAGGCCAGGAAAUGAGCUGUGGUAUUAGACUGCCUGGUGUCUCAGCUCAAAGGCAUCUCUAUCUCUGGCUGAAAAUCAGGGUUGAACAAAGGAGCAGCCUGAGAAAGAGGCACAAUCAAGAUGUUUGAAAAACUCCAGAAUAUGUAGUUCAGAACAGUCACAUUCUGCAGUGCAAGGAGAGCAGGAAUAGAAGGUAAGGAAGGAUAUGGAAGGAAGAGGAUAUGGAUGGAUUUCUGCUCUUCAUGCUAUCUGGCUUCUUCUAAGUCUCCGUAAAAUCUCUGUGUGAAGUGGAUUUCUGAAGUGGCUCCAGACCGUGGUGAAAGGAUGGCUGGGCCCCAUCUGCCCCCCUUCACUGCUGCCCUGGGACUGGCAUCGCUUGGUGUCCUGGUCUUCCUCUCAGCCCUGUGUGCUGCCUGUAGAAGGAAAGCUAGGAAGAAGGUGGUCCCACCAGAUGGGGUGAAGCUGGUAGAUGUGUCGUUGCUGAGGCAGAUGCAGCUCCAAUCACUCAGUAAAUCUGACACCAAACUGCAUGAGCUCCACAGGGUGAAGUGCACUGCCGAGCACCAAAGACCAGCCAGCGUGGAUUUCCUUUACCCAUCAGGGUCUUUGGGGAAUGGAGAAGGAGCUGUGCAUAGCUCGAGCUUCAGCAUCCUGCUGCACCGAGAGCUGCCUCAGAUCCCCCAUUGCAACCCUUUGGCUGAUGCCCUGAGUCCUGACCAGACCUACUCAAACCUGUCCUUCUUAGCCCCACUAAAACCGGCCCCGGAGGCGCUGUACGAGUGUGCGGCCAUGACUCAGGAAGAGCCUCAGCCAAUGCCUGUCUUGGGAACCCCUCUAAGCGAGGAGGACAAGGCAGUGACGGCUGAGUACGCCUGUGUCCGCAAGGUGAAGAAGAAUUUCCAGCCAGAGCUCCAGGAUGAGACACAGGGCGAAUCCUCCGUGGGACCCGCAGACCCAGAAGCCUGGGAUGGAGCUGCCUGUAACCCAGCAGCGGUGAAGGUAGAAGAAAUGUACUCGACUGUGUGCAAAGCUGGCAAGAAGAAGAAACACGAAGGCUCUGCUCUGUCCCUGUCUGAAGGAAUGGACACUGGGGAGACAGGCCAAGGAGAACAGGGGUGGCCAGCUGCCCAUCUCAGAGAUGUCAGGGCAGGGUAUCAGUCCACGCCGGGUCGAGUCUCACUCACUGAGCCCUGCUAUGAGUCGAUCAGUGAUGGAUCCUGGACUGAGCAUGGCAGGAACCCAGUCCCAGAACCGGCCUACGAGGCAGUAGAUGUCAACUGGAAAAAGCCCAAGAGAAGGGACAAGUCUACCAAGAACUGCCCUGCCGAGAACUUGUAUGAAAGCAUCAGUGAAAUGUGGGAAGGGGACUCCAGGAACACAGCUACUCUGGCGGCUCCCAAUGGGUUGGAGACAUACGUAACAGACUUAUAACCCCUUAUGUCUAGCUGCCCCCUUCCUGGGAAGGUCUGUGCUCCUCCACUGAGACCUCCAGCUGUCUCAGGUCUCAGCCACAUGGCGAGGCACAACAAGAACAUCCAACACCACAACAGUAAAUACUAAAAACAUCAACCCGCUCUAACCCCUCCUGUCUCAGGCCAGCCUGUCGCUAACAGGAGUUAAACUUUCCCUGCGGGCCGGGUAUCCUAGUGCUCCUUCUGCAGAAUGCCUCAUACCUUCCUCUGAAGCAGCUGGUGCUGGGUGCUGUCCGAGGCAGUUCACUGGACUCGGUGGACCUAGGGUGGCCUGAACUACAGGCAAAAGAAUUGAGUAAUUCUAAUGGGUUUGGCAUUGGUUGGGGGUUGUGCCCAUUCUAGGUCAGGUGCCUCUCUUCCCUAAGUCUUUAUGCAGGGUCCAGUGAAGCUGGGCACAGAAACCUAGGUAAGGAAAGGGGCAGCUGAGUUAUAAAGAGGAAUCUCCCAUAUGUAUUU